AUGCGCUAUCAGAAUCUGUCGGAGAAGAAGCGGUCGUCGGUGGUAUCGAGAUCGAAGUCGUUGUCGACAACAUCGGGAUGUGUGAUGAUCAUCAUCUGCCAGCACAUCCUCCUAUGGAGCGCUCUGUACGUUGCAGCAAGCGCAAUAUACGCCCUUGCGGUGGAGGCAGUGGUCACAAACAACAUCCCGUCGAUAGUCAUGUUUCUAGUGGGAAGCUGCCUUUCCCUAUUCUAUCUGGUCCUUCAAAAUGUCACAACACAUCUUCGAAAGCGCGCUCGGGAUCGAUGGCAGAGCGAAAGAGUCGAUACUUACCAAUCUCUUGCCACAUUCGUGCUGAGGCGAUUCCUGGUCCUCGCUUGGGUCGUCACCAGUGUUCUAGCAAUCGUCCUCACGGCAUCAAGAGGAGUACUAUGGCCUUGUCAACCCGAAAGUGAUAGUAGGACCAUGCCACUAGACGUGGGAACGACCUGCGUCGUGAACCGUGUCGAGAUGCUGGCAUGCAUAAUAACCGCCCUCGCCAGCGCCUCCCUCUUCAUUCUCUCACACAUGGUCCACGAGCCCUCCCGCUGCCACCUCUUCGGCUACAUCACAGAGCAAGACCUCCUCCCACUCUUCCUCCCCUACCGAGCCUCCCACGACCGUCCACCCCUCUUCUCCGACAUGUCGUUCAAAUGCCGCUCUUCCUCCUCCCUUUCCACCCAAACGGCCAUCGGACCCUGCAGCUACUCGACAACCCACCUCCUGGCCUGCUCAGAACCAAAACAACCUCUCGGCCUAGGGAUCUACACAGGCCACCGCUCUGCGCCCUCCCUCCUCCGUCCUCGCCCCUCGCUAGCUUCCAUCCGCUCCCACGUAAGCGUCCACCUCCCACCACCUCCAACGGAGCCCCUCCCGCCCCUCCCAGCGUACUUCCCAGAGAAAUACCACCAACCAACAACCACCAUCCACACAGCAAUCUACCCACCCCGCAAACUCUACGGCCUGCACCCAAACUCCAGCCUCAACGUCGUCAGAAUCAUCACCCCGCCCUCCCCAGCGCUCUCCAAAGAUAACCUCACGGCCCUGAACAGAAGCAACGAGUCCCAGAACUCCCUAAGCAGCGUAUACAGCCGGAGUAUCAGCGGGGAUAGACCCUCGCCCCCGCCUCGCAAGCUCAGCGAGAGCGACAGGACGAUGAGUUCGAGCAGCACCGGCACGGUCAAGCGCAGUCCGCUCGGAGCGAUGAGGUUAGCCGAAGACCCCGAGAAUGUCGUGAUGGCGCGGUCGAGGAUGUCCAGUUCGAGUUCCGAGUCGGAGAUCGACGAUGUCGCGGCUCUGCAGGCGCGGGUGCAGAGGGUGGAUAGUAGGGAAGGGCUGGUCAAGACGUCGGAGCUGGAGGGUUAUGUGGACCGGCAGAUUAGAUUCAGUCUGAAGCCGUUGAAUGUUCGGCAGUGUUAUGAAUCAACUCAAUCAGAUCAAUCUAAGGCACUAAUCUGA